UUUUGAAAAAGUAGAAGAUGAAGUCGGUGUUUAAAAUGAGUUGGGCUUGAGAGUGCGCGGUUCUAAACUUGGGACUUUAAACCGGGUAAAUCUAGGCGGUUGGCUUGGAUAUCACAAAGCACUUCGAGGCUCUCAACGGUUCAGAUUUGCUUCGGUUGAAGUAAAUAGAUACUGCGGAGGGUUCAAUUCGGCUAUACUCCAGUGCACGACAAGAGGUCAAGCAGUAGUCCAGUCCAAUAAGAAAUUUCCUGGUUCAAUUUGUCUUUAACUCAGCCUCUUUAGUCUUUAUCCCUUCUCCAUCUCCGACUCCCACAAAUUUGUCAUCCCAAGUUACCUGAUCUGGCAUGAUGGGUGGAAGUGCACUAGAUGAUGACUGGGAGCUUACUUCACCAUCCAAUGGGGUUCGCACAGUGGUUUUAGUUGGGCGUACAGGGAAUGGCAAGAGUGCAACAGGCAACAGUAUCCUUGGAAGGAAGGCCUUCAAAUCAAGGGCUAGUUCAUCUGGUGUUACUAGUACUUGCGAAUUACAGCGAACUGUGAUGUCAGAUGGUCAGAUUAUCAAUGUCAUCGACACUCCUGGACUAUUCGAUUUUUCUGCUGAAUCUGAUUUUGUUGGCAAAGAAAUUGUCAAAUGUAUUAACAUGGCAAAGGAUGGGAUCCAUGCAGUCCUGGUUGUAUUCUCAGUUCGAACACGCUUCUCACAGGAAGAGGAAUCUGCACUUCGGAGCUUGCAGACUUUGUUUGGAAGCAAGAUAUUUGAUUACAUGAUUGUAGUCUUCACUGGAGGAGAUGAGCUUGAAGAUAACGAUGAGACAUUACAAGAUUAUCUAGGUCGUGAAUGUCCUCAGCCUUUAAAGGAAAUUCUUAAUCUCUGCAAGAAUAGACUAGUGCUUUUUGAUAACAAAACCAAAGAUGAACUUAAGAGAGCUGAACAGGUUCAACAGCUUCUUUUCCUUGUAAAUAUGGUCAUGGCACAAAAUGGUGGACAGCCAUAUACAGAUGAGAUAUUUGUCGAGUUGAAGAAAGGAGCGAUGAAACUUCGUGAUCAACAAGAAGAGGUUGAUUCCCUGGAAGGAUAUACUAAACGAGAAAUAUUGGAGCUAAAGGAGCAGAUGCACAAGUCAUAUGAAGAACAGCUGAAACGAAUAACUGAGAUGGUUGAGUCAAAACUUAGAGAGACAACAAAUAGGCUUGAGCAGCAGUUGGCAGAGGAGCAAGCUGCCCGACUAAAAGCAGAAGAGAUUGCACAAUUAGCUCAAAUGAAAUCAAAUGAUGAAAUUCGCCGGCUUAGAGAGAAUUUAGAAAGAGCUCAAAAGGAGACUGAGGAACUCCGUAGGCAGGCUGAAAGUCGAUGCAACAUUCUGUGAUGCAGUAUGCUCAAUAUUAUUAUUUUUAUUUUGCGUGAUGAAAAUGUUUAAGUGUGUUUUGUCUAGCUUUCGUAUUUGGAUUAUCGAACUAUUGCUACGAAAGAUUGAGAUUGGAUCAUUUGAUUUAAAUCUCUUGUAAAUAUUUACCAUGAUUUGGCUGAAGGAUUAAUAUUCCAACAUGUGCAUAUUUUUA